UUCUGGCUGCAACACGCCGGAGAUCGCCGCCGGUACGAGCAGCUUAACCAGGGCGGAAGGCGGAAUCGACCUCCUGGCUGUCACUCGGGGAGCCGCUCGAUCUGAGGCAGGGCAGGCGGGACGGGAGGUGAGCCCGGCUGCUGGCGGAAGCUGCUGCUCUCCAACCGGGCUCCCUCGCCACGCAAAGCCCGGGGGAGGGGGUCGCCGAGGGGAUGGUGGACUGCGCCUAGGGAGGUCUGGUCGGCUGCUCCGGGGCCAUGCGGCUCCCCAGCUGAUGCUGCCUCCUUGGGGCGGCCGCCUGCUCGCCAUGAAGCGGCAGAACCUCCGCACGGUCUCCCUGAUCGUCUGCGUUUUCUCCUAUCUGCUGGUGGGCGCCGCCGUCUUCGAUGCGCUCGAGUCCGAGGCCGAGAUCGGCCACAAGCGCCUCCUGGAGCAGAAGCGCAGCGACCUCCGAAAGAAGUACCGCUUCUCGCCGGAAGACUAUCGGGAGUUUGAGCGGCUGGUCCUACGGGCCGAGCCUCACCGAGCCGGCCGCCAGUGGAGGUUCGCCGGCUCCUUUUACUUUGCCAUCACGGUGAUCACCACCAUCGGCUAUGGGCAUGCAGCUCCUGGAACUGAUGUUGGCAAAGUGUUUUGCAUGUUCUAUGCAAUCCUUGGUAUCCCACUCACCCUGGUUAUGUUCCAGAGCCUUGGGGAGCGCAUGAACAUCCUUGUUCGGAUGCUGCUAAAAAAAAUAAAGCAGUGUCUGGGAAUGAGGCAGACCACAGUCUCCAUGAAAAACAUGGUUGUGGUUGGUUUUCUCUCAUGUAUGGGGACAUUAGGCAUUGGGGCAGCUGCCUUUUCCUACUUUGAAGGCUGGACUUUCUUUCAUGCCUUUUAUUACUGCUUCAUAACCUUGACCACCAUUGGAUUUGGAGACUUUGUCGCCUUGCAGAAACACGAAGCUUUGCAGAAGAAGCCUCCUUAUGUCGCCUUCAGCUUUAUGUACAUCUUAGUGGGCUUGACGGUGAUCGGGGCCUUCCUGAAUUUAGUGGUCUUCAGAUUUUUGAUCAUGAACUCAGAAGAUGAGCGCCGGGAUGAAGAAGAGAAGGCGUCUUUAAGGCGAGCCAGAAAUUACAUCAACUUGAAACCCAGGGAAGAUAGCCAGAGUACAAACGACAUCUUGCUCCCUGUAGAAGACAGGACCAGUCAGAUGAACCUCAUCCCAUUGAUCCAUGAUGACGCUGAGCGGCAGAGAGGAAAAUCCUUGGUUUCUACCACAAAAGUCCCUUCCUUUUGUACAUGCCUGUGUUACAGGCCACGGCUGAACAGAAGCCCAGAUCCUCCCCACGCUGAACCUUUCAACUGUCAUACAAAUCUGGUUUAUUAUAACUCAAUUUCUUACAAAAUCAUGGAAGUCUCCCUAGGUGGUAAGGAUCACACUGGCCUGAAUUCUCCUGGCAGUACUUUGUCAUCUGAUAGUCCCAGUUGCCGAGGGCACUCCAGAGUCCGGAGAAAGUCUAUUUGAAAAGCAUGCAUGCUCUUUGGAACUUUUGUUUUUUGUUUUUAAUUUUUACUCGGGCCUGUGUCCUGCUACCGAACAUGUGCUUUGAUGAUAAAUUGUGAAUUGAAU